UGAAAACAGCUGAGCAUAAACAAAACAAAAUUGAAAAAACUUACAAUUUGUUUGUAAAAAUUCUUAAGUAAAAUGUGUAAAAUAUUUAUUUAAAAGCUAAAUAUAUAUUCCAUAAAAAUGUCUACAACUUUGGAACGUUGUCCCGGACAAUAUUGUGGUCGCAUACAAUUGGAUAAUGAGACCUGGAGUGAUUGUGGUCCUUGUCCGCGGGGAUUUCGUGUCAACGAUAGUUAUGCCUGUACCCAAUGUGAAGAGGAAUUGGACGCUUAUUCCUGGUUUUAUUUAGGCUUUAUGGCUGCUUUACCGCUUAUGAUGCAUUGUUUCUUUAUCGAUUUGGAUGCCAAGGAUAGAAAAUUUUCCCGCAAGCAGUUAAUUUUAACUACUUGUGCCUGUCUAGAAGUUAUUAUUUCCGCCAUAGCUGCUGUUCUCUUAAUGGAACCUAUGGGUGAAUUUCGUUUAUUUGCCUGUCCAGUGCGCAAAUUUUCCGAUUGGUAUACUCUUUUCUAUAAUCCUGCUCCUAAUUAUGAGAAAUCUUUACAUUGCACCCAGGAGGCUGUUUAUCCUUUGCAAACUAUUAUUCUGGUUUUCUAUUUUUUGUGUUUGGUUACUAUGUUUGUUAUAAGACCUCUGGUCAGCACACUAUUGGAGGUGAGGGGCAAGGCUCCUAUUUAUGCUGCUUUAUAUUUUUUGCCUCUAAUAACGUUUAUUCAUGCCUUGGCUUGUGGUUUAAUAUACUAUUCAUUUCCCUAUAUGAGCAUAGCUAUAUCAAUGAUUGCCAAUGCUAUACAUUAUUCCAUGAAAUUGGAUCAAUCUUUUAAAGCUCUGAUCAAAUCUUCGUGUUUGGAAAUUAAAAAUUUAGUUAUAAUAUGCAUUCAAUGGCUUUUAUUAGCCUAUGGCAUUAUAGCUUUAGGACAUCACUAUGCCUUAUUGUGUUUAGUGCCCUUUCCUUCUAUAUUCUAUAUAUUAACUGUACGUUUUACCGAUCCGGCUGAAUUUCGUGAAACUGAAGCACGCAGCAGUUAAGGUGAAAAACAUGAAUUUAAAUUUAUUUAAUACGUUUUUUUAAUAUUUAAUUUAUUACAGAUGAUGAGGAAAGAAAGAUGCAAGUUAUAUAAUUAUA